AUGCAUACCAACAAGCCGGACUCAUCUCUCCGCCAGGACCCACAAUUCUGCCCGCCUUCCUCAACCGUUUGGCGCGCAGGGAGUAUAGGAGUGCUGACAAAACCUUCUGGAAAGAGUGUGGUCCAGAGUGUGGUCCAGAGUGUGGUCCAGAGUGGGGUCCAGAGUGGGGUCCAGAGUGGGGUCCAGCGUGGGGUCCAGAGUGUGGUCCCGAGUGUGGUCCAGAGUGGGGUCCAGAGUGGGGUCCAGAGUGGGGUCCAGAGUGUGGUCCAGAGUGUGGUCCAGAGUGUGGUCCAGAGUGUGGUCCAGAGUGGGGUCAAGAGUGUGGUCCAGAGUGGGGUCAAGAGUGUGGUCCAGAGUGGGGUCAAGAGUGUGGUCCAGAGUGGGGUCCAGAGUGUGGUCCAGAGCGUGGUCCAGAGUGGGGUCCAGAGUGGGGUCCAGAGUGGGGUCCACAGUGGGGUCCAGAGUGUGGUCCAGAGAGGGAGUGGGGUCCAGAGUGUGGUCCAGAGUGUGGUCCAGAGGGUGGUCCAGAGUGUGGUCCAGAGUGGGGUCCAGAGUGGGGUCCAGAGUGUGGUCCAGAGUGUGGUCCAGAGUGUGGUCUAG